UCUUGCUGCGUCCCCGCCACCCCGAAAGUUCACUCCAGACUGGAAGAGGACCGUCCCGAACCGGAACCGAACCUGCGGCAGGAGCAGACUCUCCUCAUAAACAACCUGCAACACAUCAGUGACAUCGAGAACAUGGACGGAUGUUAAGACCUCUCAGCUGGAUCCAUGGGUAUAAAAACAGGAUAACAUAGUUGGACACGAUGUUGAGUCCGGCAGAUCAUCCACAGAGUGGCACAAUCUUCCUCAGCAAAUCCAUGAAUGACGUGCGAGAAAACAAGAGGAUCCAUUUUAUCCGCUACCGUGGUCCGACUAGCAGGUGCAAGUACAGCUCCUGCUCCACCAUCUUUCUUGAUGAGAACACAGUCACCAGGCCUCACCUCAAAUACACCAUCAAAUGUGUUGCACUGGCGAUUUACUACCACAUCAAAAACAGAGAUGACAACGGAAUGCCUCUCCUCGACAUUUUUGACGAGCGGCUUCACCCUCUCUCGAGAUCAAGGCAGGUGCCCGCCGACUAUGAUCGUCGAGACCCGGAGCAGAGGCAGGUUUACUGCUUUGUCCGCACGCUCUUCUGUGCCGCGCAGCUCAGGUCCGAGUGCGCCAUCGUCAUGCUGGUGUACCUGGAGAGGCUGCUGACAUACGCAGAGAUUUCCAUGAGUCCUGGUACGUGGAGGCGUAUGGUGCUGGGAGCUGUCCUGUUGGCAUCCAAAGUGUGGGAUGACCAGGCUGUGUGGAACGUGGACUACUGUCACAUUCUGAAAGACAUGGCCGUGGCUGACAUGAACAAUCUGGAGCGUCACUUCCUGGAGCUCGUGCAGUUUAACAUCAAUGUGCCCUCUAGCGUUUACGUCAAGUAUUACUUCGACCUGCGUUCGCUCUCAGAGGCCAACAGUCUUAGCAUCCCUCUGGAGGCCCUCAGCCACCACAAGGCCCAAAAGCUCGAGGGUGUACCCCACCUCCUGCCCGUUGACAGCUGGGAUAGGCCCCAGCACUCCCGUGACCCUCAUGAGGACGAGCGACUCAGAAAAUGGAUGGAUGGAUUUCAUAGUGCUAACAUUAGUAUUAAUAUUAGAAGUUGACAUAGGAAUCUAACGUUGGUCUUCCUUAGCUCUCACAUCACCGGUAACUUGCCAACUACAGAAGUUAACAUUUAAUGCUAACUUUGGAUGCUAACAUUGAAGGCUAACUUCAAAGGCUAGCAUUAGAAGCUAACUUUACUCUUAAUCUUAUAGGUAACAUUUGAGCUAACAUUUGGAAUAUAAUGUUAGUCUUCCUUAGUCUUAAUCUUCCUUUCUCCAACAUUAGAGGUACAUUUCGAACAUUGGAAGCUAACAUUAGAAACUAGUGUUGAUGCUUCUGUUCAGGAUUUUUGAAGAUUUCUACCGUCCUGGUGUUUUUCAUUUUUUUGUUAAGAUAACUGGUUUAAAUUUAAACAGUGAUAACGCUGACAAGGAAGGUGACCUCGAAAGACGACAAG